UUUAGGUUCCUGGUCCGUGACUAAGUCUGCUCCUUGUUCAGCUUUUUUUUGAAUCUAUUAUUUGAAUUUUUUCUUCUGAGGUCACGGCGAGGGGAUCACUGAGUUCCGUAGGGGCGAGCUAGGGUUCCUCCCCUUUUUCCCAGUUUUUUACUGCUUCUUUUGGGGGGUAGCCGGGGCUCCGGCCUCGGCGUAUUCUAAAGCCCCCUCUUUACAAACAAAGAUUAAACCCUUCAGCUUUUUUCUCUAACCCACAGAUCGGGGAAGAGAUGCCGGCCUUGGCAUGCUGCGUAGAUGCUGCUAUUUUUCCUCCUGGUUACGCUCUUGCUGGGGAUAGCUCUCUUCCCACACCGGAAAUAUUUUCCGGUGCACCACCGGCGACAAACACCACCACCACCACUUCCCAGUGGUCCCCAUCCCUCUCUUCCUCUCUUUACAGGAUCGAUGGCUGGGGUCCCCCUUAUUUCUCCGUCAAUUCCUUUGGCGACAUUGCCGUUCGUCCUUACGGUUCCGAUACCCUUCCUCACCAGGAGAUUGAUCUCAUGAAGGUUGUAAAGAAAGUUUCUGAACCGAAAUCCGCCGGCGGAUUAGGUUUGCAGUUCCCUCUUAUCGUGCGCUUUCCAGAUGUACUUAAGAACCGUCUCGAAUCUCUGCAGUCGGCGUUUGAUUAUGCGAUCCAUUCUCAAUGCUAUGAAUCGCAUUACCAGGGAGUUUAUCCAGUUAAAUGCAACCAGGAUCGGUUUGUCGUCGAAGAUGUUGUUGAGUUCGGAUCGUCGUACCGUUUCGGCCUCGAAGCCGGGUCGAAACCGGAGCUUCUCCUGGCGAUGAGCUGUUUGUGCAGGGGAAACCCCGAGGCUUUUCUCAUCUGUAAUGGCUACAAAGACUCUGAGUACAUUUCGCUAGCACUUAUUGCCAGGAAGCUGAAUCUUAAUACGGUGAUCGUUAUCGAGCAAGAAGAGGAGCUUGAUUUGGUGAUAGACAUCAGCCGAAAACUGCUCGUCCGCCCUGUCAUCGGUGUACGAUCCAAACUUCGCACAAAACAUUCUGGCCAUUUCGGAUCGACUUCUGGAGAGAAAGGAAAGUUUGGUCUGACGACGAUUCAGAUCUUGCGAGUAUUGACGAAGCUCGAUCAAGCAGGAAUGCUCGAUUGUCUCCAACUACUACAUUUUCACAUUGGGUCUCAGAUUCCUUCGACGUCUUUGGUAGCCGAUGGGGUUGGUGAGGCCGCACAAAUCUAUUGCGAGCUGGUCCGUCUUGGUGCGGCCAUGCAAGUGCUCGACAUUGGUGGCGGCCUCGGCAUCGAUUAUGAUGGAUCGCGGUCUACCGAGUCUGACAUCUCGGUGGGUUACGGACUUGAAGAGUACGCUGCCGCUGUAGUUCAAGCAGUCCGUCAUGUCUGUGAUAAGAAAUUCGUGAAGCAUCCAGUGAUUUGUAGCGAGAGCGGUCGGGCACUUGUAUCUCAUCACUCUGUUUUGAUCUUUGAGGCCGUCUCUGCUACUGCAGUAGAUAAGCAGCCGAUGUCGUCGAUCGGCCUUCAUUAUUUACUAGACGGUUUCACGGAGGAUGCUCGUGUUGAUUACGGGAACCUGACCGCAGCAGCGGUACGCGGCGAGUCGGAGAAAUGUUUGCUCUACGCCGAUCAGCUCAAGCAACGGUGCGUUCAGCAGUUCAAGGAAGGCUCAUUGGGUCUUGAACACCUUGCAACUGUAGAUGGUCUCUGCGACCUUGUGUUGAAGGCGUUAGGAGCAUCAGAUCCAGUCCGCACAUAUCAUGUGAAUCUCUCUUUGUUCACUUCGAUCCCUGAUUUUUGGGCAAUUGGGCAGAUAUUCCCAAUAGUUCCGAUUCAUCGCCUCGAUCAACGCCCAGGAGUAAGGGGCAUCCUUUCGGAUUUGACAUGCGACAGUGACGGGAAGGUUGAUAAGUUUAUCGGCGGCGAGUCAAGCUUGCCUCUGCAUGAGUUGGGUGGGGAUGGUGGUCAAGGAGGUGGAAACGGUGAGGGAUAUUACUUGGGGAUGUUCUUGGGCGGGGCUUACGAGGAGGCGCUCGGAGGAUUGCACAACCUUUUUGGCGGCCCUAACGUGGUUAGGGUAUCGCAGAGCGAUGGACCGCACAGCUUCGCGGUAACGCGGGUGGUGCCGGGGCCAUCGAGUGGGGAUGUGCUACGGGCGAUGCAGCACGAGCCGGAGUUCAUGUUCGAGACACUGAAGCACCGUGUAGAGGAGUGCGAACACGAGGACGAGAUUGCCUGUACCGCGCUGGUGAGCGGCCUUGCCCGCUCCUUCCACACAAUGCCAUAUCUCACAACAGCAUCGACUUGUGCGAUGGCAAACAGUAAUGCUUAUUAUUACUGUGGAGGAAAUGACAAUAACGUCAAUGAAGACAGCAGUGCUGCUGUUGGCGAAGAUGAGCAGUGGACCUAUUGUUGUGCUUGAGUUUAGAUUUUAAAUU